UACAGCGGCGUCGUUGCCGUAGCAACUGGGCUUCGUCUUUUCCGGAUCCGAAGAGAGCAGAAACCCAAGUAUACAAAAUACUGCCGAUUAUAAAAAAAACAUUCAUUCUGCGUCCCUGUCGCAAUAACCGUGUCUUAAACUCGUCUAACUACGUACUGGGUGAUGGAUCCAGUGGAUGAUUCUCCUGUUGGUGCCUCAGUCGGGAUUGAACGACUGGAGACCGGAGAGCAGCUGAUCACCUCUGACGAAGCUUUAACGUUCAUGUCUAGCAUCGAGCCCACUGAGCUGCAGAACUGCGUGUUCCCAGACUCUCUGGUGACCGUGUCAGAGGGCGGCAGGGCCCUGGGCCUGUUCAGUGUGACCGUGGAGUUUGCCAGGAGGCUCCAGCAGCCCUGUGUGCUGCUGCGCGCUCAGAGCCAAGGAACCAUAGAUGAGUCCCCCUGUGGAACAACAGUGACAGUCUACAUAACCAGUGACCUGGAGGUCCUGGAGGAAGAUUACCAUGAGUAUCUUGAACUUGAAGGCCACAGUGUGAACAAGAGGUAUCACAUGGUGCAGCAGGAUGGGCAUAUGGUGAUGGAUAAAGUUACCACCAUGGGAGAGGAGGUGACAAAGGAGAGUGUUUCAUAUCCCAUGUCUGUCCUACGAGGCCUGGUAACAGAGGGCUCCAACCUGCUACUGAUGCGUCUGCUCGCUCUGAGGAAGGAGGUGCCGGAAAACAUGACAUUCACCUUCAUUGACCAGAAUUUCCACAUCGUCCACACCAGCUUUAUUGGACUGGGUCUGAAGCGGCUGGAGGUUGGGGGGGGGGCGAUGGAGGUAUUUGGGGUGGAGAGGCUCAUUCAGUCUCAUGAGGACACACCAACAACAUGGCAGUGCUACUUCCUGGAGGAUGGGCACUUGGUUCACAGAGCACAAGUAGGAUCACCUGUCACUAUGAGGCUUCUGGAGCUACCACGUCAGCCAGAACAAGCUUUUGAGAGGAUCCCCUUGGUGUUGGAAGAAGACAUGGAAAUGCGCUCAAAGUUUCUGAAGAGAAAGGAGGAGCUCAAGGCAGACCACGCCUUGUACCUGAGAAAGCACCCACAGAUCCGUGCUCUCAUUUCUGAUUUCCUGCAGUUCUUGCUGCUGAGGAAACCUGAGGAUAUCUUCCAGUUUGCCAGAGAGUACUUUCUUACUUUUGCCUCUCACCAGCCUUCACAAGCAAGUGUAACAUCACGCACCCUCUGAAGUCACACUAUCACACAUCUCAUGUGUUUAAAAGCUUUAUUUUUAUAACUUUCUAUUCAACUUAUAAUACUUUCAGAAAACGCAUUAAUCUACUGUAUGUUGCUGGCAAAUUACUUAUAGUAUUAGAGAAAGCCUUGUGCUUAGCUUUAUUUUAACUGACUGAGCUGUGUGAUGUUUUUAAACUUGCUGUUAUUAAAGUGGUUUGGUCAUAACAGUG